AUGAGAGUCAAGAAACAAGCCUUGAUUGCAUUUUCUAUAGGGGGUUACAAGGAUGAAUUAUGGUGUGAUGUGUUACCUAUGAGUGCAUGUCAUCUCUUGCUUGGAAGAGCAUGGCAGUUUGAUAGGAAUGUCAUAUAUAAAGGGGAAUCUAAUGUGUAUCCUAUGUUGGUUAGUUCCAAAAGGGUAUGCUUACACGCUUUAGCUCCACAUUUAGUGGCGCCAAAACAAACCCCUAAGACACCAAGUUACUUCCUUUCAUCAAGAGAGUUCGAACAAGAGGUGGAGGAAGAAGGUUAUGCUUAUGCUUUUAUUGUAAGACAUGUAGCUACAAGUGUCAAGACUGCAAGAAAUGAGAAGCUAGAAUCCUUGAUGAAGGAAUUUGAGGAUGUCUUUCCAAAAGAGCUACCACAAGGACUACCACUCUUGAGAGGCAUAGAGCAUGCCAUAGAUCUUGUACCUGGCACCCCAUUACCAAAUAAGCUUGCUUAUAGGUGUGAUCCAGUGGCAUCAAGGGAGUUGGAAUGCAAAAUAUAG